CGCCGAGAUAUCGCAGUGAGUACGUUCCACGCAGCAUAUCGAAUAGUUCAAGAUGACUGGUCGCGGCAAGGGAGGAAAGGGAUUGGGAAAAGGAGGAGCGAAGCGACAUAGGAAAGUGUUGCGUGAUAACAUCCAGGGCAUCACCAAGCCAGCCAUUCGUCGAUUGGCCAGACGUGGCGGUGUCAAGCGUAUUUCUGGCUUGAUUUACGAGGAGACCCGAGGUGUCCUGAAAGUCUUCCUGGAAAACGUCAUUCGUGACGCUGUCACCUACACCGAGCACGCCAAGAGGAAGACAGUGACCGCCAUGGACGUCGUCUACGCUCUGAAACGUCAGGGCAGAACCCUGUACGGUUUCGGUGGUUAAUCCCGCUCUCACUUUAUCAAAUCAACGGCCCUUUUCAGGGCCAACAAUUUUUCAAACGAUCGAGUUUUCUCUCAGGCGCAUAUCCAAGUCUAAGAUUAAGUAUACACAGAAGCAAGUAAAACGUUAUCAUUUCGAUAAUAAAUAUGUUAAUAUUUGUUCUCGAGAGAUAAGAUAUUCACUCUGCGAUUUUCAAGUUUUUAUGAAUAGUCCGUAUAGAAGUUCGAUAUUCAGUUUAAGCGCGUAUAACUGGAAUGGCUUUAACAGUGUAUACAUUCCUGUUUUAGCCGCUAUUGAGUAACAACGAAUCGCGAGCAAUGCAAUGUAUUCCGAUCCAUACGCAUGCGUAUAGCUUUAAGUGGCUUUCAUCAACUUUCUAGACAAAGUUAACUGCACUAAUAUGAGACUGACACGACUACAUUAAGACUUGACACAUUGAUAUGCGGUUAGUAACAUAGCACUGCCCAAAUAAUCGCUCAAAAACGACUGACUGAUUCCCAACGCCAACGGAGAGGUGUUUAGAAUUCCUUGUUGAUUUUUAUUUAUUUUGGUUCCACCGCUAUAAUUGUUCUCAAUGGUCAGAGUUUCGGAAGAACUAUUCGCGCGAGAAGGAAUUCACUUAAUAUAUAAAUAAGAAUAAUGAAAAGAAUGUUUCGAACGAAUGUGAAAAUACAAGUGGGAUGGAAACGCGAUUUUUAAAAAAUAAAUUUAACAAAGUAAAUGUAUAAAAGUAUGAAUAUAAUUUACUUAUAAGACAAUAACAGUUCUUUACAUAAUUCAUUUGUUACAUAAAACAAAUUUUAACGAGGGCGAGUAAAAGAUUAUUACUUCUUUCACCACUUGUUCAAAUUGUAAGGUGAUCCUGGUUUUUUAAUUAAGUACCUCGCAGAGGUUUACAUGUCCCGCCUUCUAUAGAAGGAAAACAAUUUGAAAAAUACUUUUAUAAAUAAUUGUAUGUGCAGUCUACUAAAUAAUAUUUUUUAUUUUUUUUAAUUUAAAAAAACUGAACUGAAUACUUUUGAAGAUUGCGAUUGGGCCUUUCGCCAAACUAUGUUCUUUUUAAUAGUUACAUGUCAACAUUGCAUAAACACAAAAGAGCGGGAAAAUCCAUUCAAUUUAAAAUUGAUUUUAUAACUGCUUAAAAUAAUUUGGAUUAUUUAUUUGUACACCUAAAUUAAUAAAACAUUAGCUCGCUACUCAUAGCCCAAACAGCACACCAUGUCUAAAAAGACAGCUUUAAGACGUCUUAAAGACGUCUUUAUGAUGUCUUUUAGAUAUGUGUGCUGUCUGGGAGAGUAGUGAUUUUUAGGACAUACCUUGCAUAUAUGUAUAAUAGAAAUAAAAUAAUGAAUCGGCAAUUUUAAGAAUAUAGAUAUUUCACGCACCUUUUUAUUUAUGUAUUCAAUGAGUUACGAGCGCGAAUGAAUUGUCGAACGUAUCGUUCUUUUACUAGGAAAAGUGGAGGUUUUACGUUUAGAGAUAAAUGCAAAAUGUCAGAAAGGGGGAAUAGAAGGAGAAAUAAGAAUAAUGAAACAGUAUAAAAUAGAAAGAAAAAAAAGGAUGCAGGGAAAUAACGUGAAAGAGGGGAAAAGGGAGAAUAAAGAAUUGAAGAGUCGGGAUAUAGCAAUAUGGAAGAGGAAGAGAGAAAUAUUGGUAGGAGCGUAUGUCGAGAAAAUCGAGUAGAGAACAGAUAUAAAAAGAAAAAGAUCAUGCGAGAAAAUAACAAGAAAUAAAUGUUAGGCCAUAAAGAUUGGUGGAAAUAAAGACUGAAAAGGGAAGAGAGAUGAACACGAAAUAUACAAAAAGGAAGCAAUGAUUAGCAGGGAAAAAGAUUAGAAAGAAAAAUAGUAAAGGAGAAAAGGAAAAACUGACGAGUGAAAAAUUAUUUGUUGAAACUCCCGGAAAGAAUAGACGAGAUUACGAGAGAGAUUCUUGCAUCAGGGAGGAAGAAAUUAAACAUUGAUAAGAGAAUACGUUGGAUGAAGAAGGAAAAGAGAAAGGAAAGAUGAAGGGAUAGUAAGAAUUAAAAAGAGGACGGCGAGGCUGAGGUAGAGAAAUUGCGAAAGGUAUUUGAAUAAGUGGAAGUUGGGCGUAAGGAGAGUUAAAUAGAUUAUACUCGGUUAUUUAGGAUAGUAUGGAGAAUGAGAGGAAGGUAUGAACGGAUGGAAACUAAAGUAUUUAUUACAAUGAAGUUCUACUACUUCUCGAUCGUAAAGUAAAAUGAAUCGUCUAGCAGAAGCUAGUCCAUCCAGUACACGAAUUAUUCUUCAACGUACUGUUACUAAACAUAAAAAUUAGCAAGCAAUUGUUUCAACAUUUAAUCUCUCCGCUAUGUACCGUUAAUAAAUUUUAACCAAAGUAUUC